CUGGACUGCCCGGCCCUGACCCUGCAGAGCUCGCGCAGCCUGGACGCGCUGUCGGACCUGAAGCUGCAGCGGCUGGAGGCGGAGCUGGAGGCGGCGCGCGGCGAGGCGCGGGGGGCCUGCCAGCGCGAGGAGGAGCUGAAGAACGAGUUCCAGCGGCUGAAGGAGGAGCUGCAGCAGCUGGAGAGCAGCCAGAGGGAGAGGGAAAUGACUUCUCCGUGCAAGCAGUGCGAUGUGGAGUGGAUAAAGAAGGUGGGAGACGAGCAGGUGAAUCUGGCUCUGGCCUACACGGAGUUAACCGAGGAACUGGGACGGCUCCAGGCGCUGUGCUCCAAGCAGACCGAGAUCCUGAGGAAGGCCACGCAGGAGCAGGCUAGCCCAGUUCAGCUCCACUCUCCGAUCCACCACCAGCGCCACUCCCCGGUGUCCCAGCGCCACUCUCCCAUCUCCCAGCGCCACUCCCCGGUCCCGCCCCCGCCGCCCUCAUCGCACCACUCCCCUUUGCCCCAGCGCCGCUCGCCCAUAUCCCAGCGCCUCUCGCCGGACACCCACCGGCGCUCGCCGCUAUUGGACGUGUCGGAGGGCCCCGCCUCCUACUCCUACCGCCCGCCCAGCCAGCACCUGAGGGCCAGCUUCCAGGGCCGCCGCUCCUACUCCGAGGUGGCCGACCCCUCGGCCUAUCAGUGCCCGCCGCGCUUCUGCCUGGACCCCGUCUCCACGCUGCCCAAGCCACGCCCAUAUAUGGACGGGCUCCAGCACCGCGGGGCGCCGGGCGGCGGCCAGGGGCCCGACGGCGGCAUUUCCGAUCCGGGAUCCAUGCGGCAUUCCCGGGAGACGCCCUUCCCGUUAUCGGAGGUGGCUCACCUCCGUUUUGAGGCCCCGCCCCCCUCGGCCCCGCCCCCCCGGCCCACGCAGUCCUCCGAGGACGAGGAGGAGUGGACCUGCCCGCACCCCGUCAGCCCGCCGCGCACGCUGGGCGUGAUGGCGCCCGCCGGCGGGGGCGGAGGCCCAGGGGGCGGAGCCAUGCGGGGCCCCGCCUCCUGCUCCGCCUUCCCCAUCCCGCAGAGGCCCGGGAACCUGAGCUGCCACGCCCAGCAGGGGUACCUGCCCACCGACCACGCCCAGUCCUGGCCCUCCAUCAACCUGUGGAUGGAGACGGAGGAGAGCGACAUGAGGAGCUGCCCCCUCUGCCAGCUGAUCUUCCCCGUGGGUUACCCUGACGACGCCCUCAUCAAGCACAUCGACUCCCACCUGGAGAACAGCAAGAUAUGA